CGUCCUCUUCCCCCUCCCUGCGCCCCUGCGCAACCUGAGAGGGGCGGAGCCAGAGUUGGGCGGAGCCUCCGAGACACCCUAGGGGGAGCUAUCCCGGCGGGCCUCGCGCGCGGCUGCGUUUGAAUGGCCGUGAGUGGGGCUCUGUCCGGGAGCCGAGGGGUAGUCUGGGCUGCCCCGCGAAGUCGGUCAGCGUCUGGGCUGGGCGGAGGCGCCGCGGUACCAUGAGGCGCCGGUAUUUAAGAGAUUAUGGCAUCUGAAACCCACAAUGUUAAAAAACGCAACUUUUGUAAUAAUAUUGAGGAUCAUUUCACUGAUCUUCCUAGAAAAAGGAUCUCUAAUUUCACUAAUAAGAACAUGAAGGAGGUUAAGAAAUCUCCAAAACAGUUGGCUGCUUACAUAACUAGAACAGUUGGACAAGCUGUGAAAAGCCCAGAUAAACUACGUAAGGUGAUCUAUCGCAGAAAGAAAGUUCAUCAUCCUUUUCAAAAUCCUUGUUACAGAAAAAAACAGUCCCCUAAAAGUGGGGGCUGUGACAUGGCAAAUAAAGAAAAUGAACUGGCUUGUGCAGGCCACCUUUCUGAAAAAUUACAGCAUGAUAGUCGAACAUAUUUGGUUAACUCCAGUGAUUCUGGUUCUUCCCAGACAGAAAGCCCAUCAUCAAAAUAUAGUGGUUUUUUUUCUGAGGUUUCUCAGGACCAUGAAACAAUGGCACAGGUUUUGUUCAGCAGGAAUUUGAGAUUGAAUGUAGCUUUAACUUUCUGGAGAAAGAGAAGUAUAAGUGAACUUGUAGCUUACUUGGUGAGGAUAGAAGAUCUUGGAGUUGUGGUAGAUUGCCUUCCUGUGCUCACGAAUAGUUUACAGGAAGAAAAACAAUAUAUCUCACUUGGCUGCUGUGUAGACUUGUUGCCUCUAGUAAAGUCACUACUUAAAAGCAGAUUUGAAGAGUAUAUAAUAGUUGGUUUAAACUGGCUUCAAGCAGUCAUAAAAAGGUGGUGGUCAGAACUGUCAUCCAAAACAGAAAUUAUAAAUGAUGGAAAUAUUCAGAUUUUAAAACAACAAUUAAGUGGAUUGUGGGAACAGGAAAACCAUCUUACUUUGGUUCCAGGAUAUACUGGUAAUAUAGCCAAGGAUGUAGACGCUUAUUUAUUACAGUUGCAUUGAGAGACUUCAUCUACUAAAUAGCAUUUGAUUAUCCAAAACAUCCCUGGACUAUAUGACUUCCCAAAAAAUGUCUCAACUGAGAACUGUGAACUGUGGAAGAAAUCGAAACCAUUUUUUCCUUUAAAAAGCCACAUAAUGAAACCACUAAUGAAACCCUAAUGAUCUACUUCACAUUGAAGUGGAAAAAUAUCCAAAAGGAGCAGCGUCAACUUUAAUGAGGUGAAAGUGCACUAUGAAGAUUGUUCACCUUUGCUGCGUUUGGGAUUUAUAUGGUUAUUUGGUAACAUUAUUGAAGAACUACUGGGUCUUAAUGCAGUCCUGCAUAAGAAUAUAAUUUAUACUAUGUGAAAAAUAAGACAGGACUUAUUACUAGGAAUCACAAAGACCAAUCAUCAUUACUUUUUUUAAGAUUGUGUUUUAUAAGAAAACACUUAAAUGUGUGCAGCUACUAUUUUCUUAUGUUGAAAAGACUUUGAAAGUUUAAACCAUUGUAGCAAAUAAUCAAUACUAAAAGUUUUUUGUUCACACUGAGAUACUGUGUAUGCAGAAUGCCUUAAUUAUUAAUAAGCCAAUGUGUAUGAUACCAAUAUCUGUUUAAGAAAAUUAAAACCAACCAUGCUUCUGGCAUGAUAAAAUCAUGGAAUUAAAUCAGGGGUUUCCAUUCAUGUACAAUGUUGUUGUUAAAACUUAUUCCACACCAUUCUUAAAACUUGAGAAUAUUUUUAGUAUCUGAUUUUUUUUUUUGCCAGAAUCGUGUCAUGUAUGUAUGUGUUAUUCCUAUAUAUAAGAAAAAGGUGAAUAUGUAUUUGUAUGAAUGCUUAACUGGAAAUGUCCGUGGAGUUGGCUAAUUUAUAUUCACUUUUUAUUGUAUAUAGAUUUCUAAUAUUUUCAGUUAUGUAUCAUUUGUUUUCUUCAUUUGAGUAAAUUCACUAAAUAUUUCUAAUUUUUGCUUUUU